GGAAAAUGAGUGUGAUCGAGAUAGAGAUUUCUGCCUGGUGGAUGUAACUUGUUGGAGUAACAUAACAGGAAAACAAACAAACAAAAACAAAAACACGAGAUAAGGAACAAGUGAAGACCCAGAGAGUUUUAAACCAGCUGUAAAACCUCCUGCUGCUGAUGGCAGGAAACCGGCGUUAUGCGUAAUUUUAACAUGCCAAAAGAGUUUGUGCGUAAAAGUGCGCGCUUCUCCGUGGCUCGCCACGCUCUCUCCCCAUCCUACCCUCAUCGUCCUCGGGUCUGAGCAGCAGCAGCAGCAGCGGUCCAUCCUUCAGACCUGCUGAAAAUGGCUGUGCUCAGUCCCGCACGGAGGAGCUCCGCUCCGCGUCUGACGGGAUUAUUGUGCCUUUUAUUUCUCAUUUUCUUCUCUCAUGCCUUCGCGGGUCGUGAUGCUGCUUCAGGAAAGGACAGAAAAUCAUCCGGAGCGAUACGAGAAGGUUCCCACAACCAAACUAACUCCACGGCUCAUAAGAAGGCUUUCCCCGUCCUCUCCUUCGAGUAUGAACAUGUCAAGACGCCCUUUGAGAUCUCCCUGUGGAUCCUCCUGGCUCUGCUCAUGAAACUUGGGUUUCACAUCAUCCCCACUGUGUCUCACAUCGUGCCAGAGAGUUGUCUGCUAAUCUUUGUUGGGCUGCUGGUGGGUGGCAUCAUCAAAGCAACUGGUGAAACUCCCCCCGUGCUUGACUCCGACCUCUUCUUCCUCUACCUGCUGCCUCCCAUCAUCCUGGAUGCCGGCUACUUCCUGCCCAUCCGCCCCUUCACAGAGAACAUUGGCACCAUCCUGAUGUUUGCAGUGGUGGGGACGCUGUGGAACGUCUUUUUCAUCGGCGGGAUGAUGUACGCCGUCUGUCAGAUUGAUGCAGCCAAGCUGGGUGGCGUGGACCUGCUGUCCUGCCUGCUGUUUGGCUCCAUCAUCUCGGCCGUAGACCCCGUGUCUGUCCUGGCCGUGUUCGAGGAGAUCCACAUCAACGAGCUGCUGCACAUCAUCGUGUUCGGGGAGUCGCUCCUCAACGAUGCCGUCACUGUGGUUCUGUAUCACCUGUUUAAGGAGUUUGCUCACGAUAAGGCGAUGACUGUGACCGGCACCGUCCUCGGUGUCAUCUCUUUCUUCGUGGUUUCUCUGGGAGGGAUCAUGGUGGGAGUUAUCUACGGCAUCGUGGGAGCUUUUACGUCCCGCUUCACCUCGCACACGCGCGUCAUCGAGCCGCUGUUUGUCUUCCUCUACAGCUACAUGGCUUACCUCUCAGCGGAGGUCUUCCACCUGUCGGGGAUCAUGUCUUUGAUCGCCUGUGGCGUGAUCAUGCGGCCGUACGUGGAGGCCAACAUCUCCCACAAGUCCUACACCACCAUCAAAUACUUCCUGAAGAUGUGGAGCAGCGUGAGCGACACACUCAUCUUCAUCUUCCUCGGGGUUUCCACGGUCGCUGGUCCUCAUGCCUGGAACUGGAUCUUCGUCCUCUUCACUGUGGUCUUCUGUCUGCUGUCCAGAGUGCUGGGAGUCAUCGGGCUCACGGCCUUCAUCAAUAAAUUCCGUAUUAUAAAACUGACCAAAAAGGACCAGUUCAUUAUCGCCUACGGUGGCCUGCGAGGGGCCAUAGCCUUCUCACUGGGGUUCCUGCUGACUGAAGAUGAAAAUAAGGAUCUGUUCCUCACUGCCAUCAUCACCGUCAUCUUCUUCACUGUCUUCGUGCAGGGAAUGACGAUCAGGCCUCUGGUGGAGCUCCUGGCUGUGAAGAGAAAGAAGGAGAGCAAAGAAUCAAUUAAUGAGGAGAUCCACUCACAGUUCCUGGAUCAUCUGCUCACAGGAAUCGAAGACAUCUGUGGUCAUUAUGGACAUCAUCACUGGAAGGACAAGCUGAAUCGCUUCAAUAAGACUUAUGUGAAGAGGUGGCUGAUCGCAGGCGAGCGCUCCACCGAGCCUCAGCUCAUCUCCUUCUACAACAAGCUGGAGCUGAAACAGGCGAUGAUGCUGGUGGAGAGCGGCAGCGCUGCCAAGCUGCCCGCGAUCGUGUCGUCCGUCUCCAUGCAAAACUCAGAGACCAAAGGACUGACCAGACGCCGAGCCAUCCCGACCAUCUCAAAGAGUCGUGAGGAGGAGAUCAGAAGGGUCCUGCGAGCCAACCUGCAGAAGACCCGGCAGCGGCUUCGCUCGUACAGCAGAUACGACCUGAUCAGCGAACCAUAUGAGGACAACAUGAGCGAGGCACUCUUCAGGAAGCAGAGGGCGAUGGAGCGAAGGAUGAGUCACUACCUCACAGUCCCUGCAAACCGCCAGGAGACCCCCCCCGUGAGAAAAGUCUUUUUUCAGCCAGAGCACAAAGUUUACACCUACGAUGACAGCGAGAGCCCAGGAGGCCCGGCUUCUCUGCCACGUCCCAGGCAUCCCGAUGCCGACAGCGUGCCGAAGGAGACCCCCGAGAGGCCCGAUCGGAGCGGCGCGCCGAAGGCUGAAGAGCAGGACGACCAGGAGGAGCAACUGAAGCUAUCGCGCUGCCUCAGUGACCCCGGACCGAAUCAGGGGGACGAUGAGGAUUGUGCUUUCCUGCCAUGAAUGAGACGCCUUCACAGUACUCGUGAUCUCCACGUGUGUUCUGCAGGAGAGCCCUGAAGAAAAAGGAGCUACAGCAAAGCUUCAUACUUAUAAUUUAAAGUUAUUCUAAGUGUUAUAAAGUUAUAUUUGUGAUGUGCUAUUAUGAAGUUUUUCAUGAGUUCCUAAUAUUUUUUUAUCAUGCAGCAUAAUCAAAGUAUGCCCCAGAGGACUUUUCUAAUAUAAAGUUUCUAUCAGCGUGUUGAAGUUUAACGUGCACAUGAAGUUAGAGCACUUGUUUUAUCAAGCUCGAAGCACCAGAGGGGUGGAGUUUCCCCCCUCAAAGCACAAAAUGAAGUAGAACCCGGCUGAUAAACCAUGUCAGCUGUCAAUAUUGGUCUCUCAGAUAUUUGAAACAUCUGAACAACCCUUUGAUGGGUCGCCAUGAGGUUUUGUGCAUCGAUGGUGCCCAGAGGAUGAAUUCUCCCAACUUCAAUCCUCCAUUAACUUUUCCUCUGGCGCCACUUUGAGGUGGACCUUUUUUUUUUUUUUACACUAAAAUUCAACUUUUCAUGCUGCUUUCAGCUCAAACUGCAGUGACUGAAGUCAUAAUCAUUGCUGAAUCCUGCAUACACUCAACGACCAAGCUCACAGAAAAGCCUUCAGCUGAUCCAAAACAGCGCAGAGAGGACUGACGGGGCUUUACUGGCUUCAAAAUCAUCCUCCUCACACACAAAGUCCUAAAUAAUGAGGCCCCAUCGAAUCUUAAAGACCUCGUUUAUCGUAUCACCCCAGCAGAGCUCUGCGCUCUCAGACUGAUGGCUUACUUGUAGUUUCUAGAGUUCCUAAAAGUAGAAUGGGAGGAUUCGAUUAGAUUAGACUCAAAACUGUCCUGAUUAAAGCUUAUAGUUCGGGCUGGAUCAGGUGACCCAGAAACAUCCUUUAGUUAUGCUGCUACAGAGUCAGGCUGCUGGGGGACCUCCCAUGAUGCACUGAGCACUUCUUCUCAACUCACCUCUUUUAUAAACCACCACAGGAUGUCAUUCUCAAUCCCACAGUUUGUGUCAUGUCCAGUCUCACUGUCCAUGUCCAGCCCCCCCCCCCCCCCCCCCCCCAAGCCUGGCGGUCUCUUCCUGUUGAAGGGGAGUUCUUCCUCCUCACCGCUCAUCAAUGUGAGAGCAACACUCGAUAUACAAACAAGCUAAAUCGAAACACCUCAGACUGAAGUUAAACAUCCAAAACUAAUGUUUGUGUGAGACACAGUUGGUGUUUCCUUAAACUCGUCUCUUCACCCCCAUACUGCCAAAAAUAACUGCCAGACAGCGGGGGGGGUAUUUCUUUUUCAUUUUUGCUUUUGCCCGAUAACUCCUGUUAAGAAAACUAAACGUGUAAUCUCAGAAACAUAUCUCACAUUUUCCACAGACUGCCACUGCAUGUAAAUUACAAUGUACGCUGAAUCACACUGACGAUGUUUAAGUCAGAGAAACUCACAUUUCAUAUGUGAUGCAUUAAAGGGUUCGUUCUGCAUUAAUCUUCCCUGCUUGUGUAACACCAGGAUGACUGCAUGAGUGCGUUUUAUUGAAAGUUUUCAGACUUUGCAAAGCCACCAGGCUGUGCUGUUUGGUGCGUGUCUGGCUCACCUGUUCUGCCCCACCUGCACCAAAACUGGACGCUGUAACCAGGGUUAUUAAAUGUCCCGCUCUGAGCAUAUCUUGGCCACAUUUCUCUAAUUGCCAGAAAUAACUCUUGAAAAUGAAUAAUUCCGACCGGUAUUACUGCUGAAUCAUCACACUCAUGACUUUUACAAACUUCCUGCGUCAGUCAGGUUGCUCAGAAGUAUAAAUGUUAAUAUUUUCAGUGUGUCCACUGUUUGAAGUGCUGUGCUGGAAAAGAAAAGACCGAUCUGGUGAUCUAAGGAUGCUAAUGAGCUUAAAAAUGAAAAAUGAGCUGCAGAUGUUUGUGAACAAGCUUAGCACAGUGCUAUCAUUACAGCCGCCGCUGCGUGUCUGAUUUCUCAGGGAAUUCAACAGACGCCGUGUUUGUGUGACUAAAAUGUGCUCCACAGUUAAAAUGUGACUGUUUUGUACUCUGAAGUGUUUUCAGUGUUUGUCAGACUGAGCAGGGUGUUGGUUUUAAGAGACCGGACUGGCUGAGCUUUUGCUGCCUGCACACAUUUGCCUUAAAAGUGUUUUUGCUUUUUGUAAUGUUCUUUAUUUUGUAUAAUUAUAUUUUGCAAAAAUAAAAAUGUGUUGAAGUCAGUU